AAUUUGAUAUUUCCGAAUCUCUUUCGUGUUUCUCACUCGUUCUUGUGUCAGGCAUAUUUUCCUCCCGAAAGGCCUCAAGCAAGGCUCACCUCCAUGUUCAUCAGCAUUCCAACGGACAAAUCGCGGUUCGACGCGGAACUUGUAGCAUUCAUCCCUGACUUGACACAUCCAGUCCGCAGCAGAAAUGUCGAGGUGCUGCUACAAUCCAACGCGCCGCCUUCUAAGACAGAGGAAGAAGGUCUACUAUCCAUAGUUCAAAGGGGCGACGCUGUCGUUGCUGACCUGGAUCGACGAAUCAAAGCGAUGAAAGACGCUCUGGACUUUUUGGUCAAAGAAAGGGAUCAGGCUACUUCGAAUAUUACCGAUGCUCAGUCAUUGCUUCAUUCCAGUCGCAAACUCAACGAGGACCUCCUGAGAAGGAUAUUCAAGUACUGUGUUGACUCCCAGCCCACAGAAACAAACUCUUUGGAUUCGAGGUCAUGUCCGUGGACCUUGUCACAAGUAUGCAGAGAGUGGAGGAGAGUUGCAAUGCAAACACCGGAGGUGUGGUCUCGCAUCUCCCUAUCGUUUUCUGCUGUCACCGAUGUGGCCAACGAUGUCAUGCGUUCGUUCAUGCUAGGCCUAUGCUUGGGACGCGCACUCGAUCACCCGCUUUCUUUGAGAAUUAGUAGUGCACGGGAUAUCUCUAAAGAUCAGUUGUUUUGGAUGCUGGUACCUACAGCGUCCCGCUGGCGAGAGGUCGAUUUUGACAUGCCAUACGAAUCGUUCCAGGCAUUGUCUCCUUAUAAGGGAUUUAUGGGAGGACUAAAUCGUCUUUCAGUCUGUAUCAGAGGUCCAGUAUUGGAAGGAUCAGCAGCUAUCGACGCGUUUUCCAUGGCUUCGCAGCUACGAGAGCUGCACGCGACGGGUGUCGACCAACCAUUCAGAGCCUUUGCUCUCGACGGAGAACGCGUACUCAAGUUUGAGGCUCUAGAUGGGACAAGCGAUGACCACCUUUUGUCGCUGAGAUCUAUGCCCUUAAUCGAAAGCCUCGAGAUCCAAUGCGACAAGUCGAAGACCAAUGACACGGUCGUUCUUCGGAAUCUACGAAACCUUGGCAUUACUGAACGUUUCUCCAUUGACCACGGCCGCGGGAGCGCCGCCCAGUUCAUGGGUUGCGCUGAAGUACCGGCGCUCGAGACGUUGCGCAUGUCCCUCGUUCCCACUGCAGGCCCAGUAUUCCCAGCUGCGGCUGCUUAUCCUAUCACCACACUUGAUACCAGCUGCCGAUUAUCCCGUGCACAAGACUGUCAGGACUUUGCGCACUUCCUACGAACCCUCCCGCAGCUUGAAAACCUGAUUACCGGCGCCGACGAUAUCCCCUCUGCGUUCUUCAAGAAUCUUGUGUAUUCCCAGCGAGGAGGCAAAGGAACCAAUGUAUUGCCGAAAUUGCAAACGAUCGACUUGCAUCGUUCGACGUUGGCAGAUGGCGACGAGACGAUGAGUGGGCUUUUGUCGUUGAUUUGGUCGAGGAGAACGGGGUCGGCGGGUAGGACAACUGGCACUCCGCGUCGUGCUAAAAGAAUGUCGACUCUGGGAGUUCCGUGUGCGUUGCUACGGGAGAUCUGGUUGGAAGGACCGCUGGAUAUUGAGCAUAACCAGAUGCUUUUGAAUCAGUGGAAGGAACUCUGCGAGAAGGGCUUGUCGGUUGUGUACAAGAGCGCAGAGACAGUUGACUCGCAGUCAUAUUGAUGAUGUUUAAUAAAGAAAUGGGGUCUUGAUGAGAGGUAGAAUAAAUUGACAUAUAGUUCAGUAUACCUUUACUUAUUUACAGGAAG